CCUCAGGCAACGCACGAUAACCGGCAUUGUAUUUAUUUGAAGUCGUUACAGAAUAAAUCUUUAGUUUCUGAAAUAACGUAUUCAUUUAACUGUCGCACGAACCCCCGACAAAACAUAAAGAAGAAGAAUGUUCUUCGCCUGUUGCCGGUUGGAACAUUGCUAUAGUUUGGAGUUGGUUAGAAUUUAAAAUAUUUACAUUGUCUACGACUUGAAAAUGCUCUCUAUAAAGUUAUUUGUUAAAUUAUUCAAUAUUUUUCUGUGAAUAAUGGCUCAGAAGUAUCACCUGAAAGAAAGUAGUACGAGCUGGUCCAAAUACGCAAAAACUUACGACCCGAUAAAAUGCGCGUCGAUAGACGGAACGGACACAACCCCUCACGAUAAAGCUGUCGAAAGGGCGUUACUUUCCGAAUACAAACCAAACCGGCACGUUAAAGGAAACGCAGGAUGUACUAUAUUUAUCAGCAGAUUGAAUCAUGAAACAACCAAAGACACCAUCAAAAAUAUAUUCUCAAAGUAUGGUAAGCUAAAACGUUUUCGAAUGGUGAAAGAUAUAGUGACUGGCUUGCCUAAGGGAUAUGCGUUUGUGGAAUACGAAGAGGAAAGUUCUGCAGAGGACGCGUACAAGUUUACGAACAAAAUGAACGUUGAUGGAAGCAUUAUUUUUGUUGAUUUCGAGUGUGAAAGACUGCUGAAGGGUUGGAGACCGAGGAGACUAGGCGGCGGGUUCGGUGGUAAAAAAGAGUCGGGGCAGUUAAGAUUUGGAGGUCGAGAUCGGCCAUUUCGAAAACCGGUUGCCUUGGAGGUGAAGGAGGAAGAGGAGAAGAGGCGCAAGGAGAGAGGAAGGAAAAAAAAGCAGGACGAAGAAGAACAUAACAGUCGACGGGCCGAAAGAAGUCGGGAACGGGAUAGGAAACGUCGCUCGCCACCUUUGAAAAGGAGAUGAAAUGUUCAUAUGAUAAACAUAUACAGUUUACCUAAAAGUUAUGCUGUGAGUCAUAUUGAACAGUUAGGAAUAACAUUUCUGUGCUGUUAAAAAUUCAAAGGAAUUGCAAAAUUUUCAGUUGAUCUAGCUUCCAAUAUUUGGAUUUUCUUGACAAUUAAAUAUAUUUUUUUUAACUAAUUUGUAUCCUACAAACCAAAGCUACGCAGGUUACGCUUUGCAACUGCAAAUUGGUCAUCCGCAACCAUUCGGUCGCUUGUUUAAACUCUGCAACUUAAACAAGUCUAUGUAACUUUUUUAUUUGAAAGUGAAAUUUGAAAAAACAGAACAUGUCCUUUUUGCGAGUUACUAAUACAAAAUUAAAAUAUUCUAAUGAAGCAACAUAUAGUUUUACAUCUAGAAAAAAGAAAUAAAAUUAGGGCUAAGCAAGAUGUUGACAAGUUUAUAUAAAUUCAUUAAUAUACAUUGUGAACAAACAUAUAAAUAUCCUGUAUACCUAAAAAUAUAAAAUUUUAGAACUAAACAGCUUUUGUCUAUUUUUGUAUGGUGUUUGCACAUUUUAACCUAAAGUAUCCCAUAAUACAUUUUCUUUCUUUGAUAAAAACGCAAUCUCAGUCUCU